UGGGAUUAUGUCAUUGACCAAUACAUGUAUUGUCUCCCCAGGCCAAUUCACCCUAUUUCAAACCAAGAUUUUCACUUUUUAGUUUUUAACCUCAGCCAAAUUCACCAUAUUUCAUAUCAUAUCCUCCGUUGAAAUCCUCUCUCAUCAUCCCUAUAUAAACAUAGUAUUGCUAACAUUUUAUACACCCAUCCUCUGCUUUAAUUUGGACAUAAAGAUCCAACAUCAUGGGUACUAUCUUACAUUAUUUCAUGCUUUUAUCCUCUCUUUUUCUGCUAACUUUACUACUUUCACAAAAUACAGCUAAAGCCCAAAACUUCUCCAAAUUAGGCAACAAUUUUACUACUGUAAAUCAUGAAUUAGCAGCAAAUAGAGGAAGAUGCAACCUUUUUCAAGGAAAAUGGGUGUUUGGUUCUUCUUAUCCACAAUAUAUUUCUUCUAAUUGCCCUUUCAUUGACCUUGAAUUCAAUUGUCAUACUAGACCUGAUAAAUUGUACCAGAGGUACAGAUGGCAGCCCUAUAAUUGCAAUUUAAGAAGGUUCAAUGGACUAUAUUUACUAAGGAAAUGGAGGGGAAAGAAGAUAAUGUUUGUAGGUGACUCACUAAGUUUGAAUCAAUUUGAAUCAUUGGCUUGUAUGAUUCAUUCUUGGGUUCCAAAUACUAAGACUUCAUACAUUAGAGGUGGCGCUUUACGUUCUCUAACUUUUCAGGAAUUUGGAGUGACUAUAAUGUUAUACAGGACACCAUUUUUAGUAGAUCUGGUGAAUGAGAAAAUUGGACGAGUAUUGAAGCUUGAUUCUAUCAGUGGUAAUGUGUGGAAAGGAAUGGACAUGCUUAUCUUCAAUUCAUGGCAUUGGUGGACACACACCGGCCGAGCUCAGCCGUGGGACUAUAUUCAAGUGGGGAACAAGUUAUAUAAAGAUAUGAAUCGUAUGAUUGCAUAUUAUAAAGGCCUAACAACUUGGGCUAGAUGGGUUAAUCUCAAUGUGAAUCCUUCUAAGACUAAAGUCUUCUUCGUUGGCAUUUCUCCUUCACAUGAUUUCGGAAGUGAUUGGGAUGAACCAUCAAGAUCAUGCUCGAGCGAAACAGAGCCCUUCUCCGGCACAAAAUAUCCGGCAGGUAAACCACAAGAAUGGGCUGUGGUGGAGAAAGUAAUAAGCAGAAUACAAAAAUCAGUGUAUUGGCUUGAUAUAACAUCUCUAUCACAAUACAGAAUUGAUGCACAUCCUUCUAAAUAUAGUGGCCGAGGAAAAGAUUGUAGCCAUUGGUGUUUGCCUGGAUUACCUGAUACUUGGAAUCAACUUCUAUAUAAUGCUCUCUUCCAAUGAUUUGCUACUUUUGAACAAAAAUCAACAAGUAAUUAAGUGGAGUAAAGAUAGAACAUGUGCAACUAAUUGAAGUUGGUGUAUGUUAUAAUUGGUGCAAUUAGGUUGGGUUUUGUGUAUGAUUUGCUUACAAUUAUAAAUUUUGUAUUUGCCUCUUAGAAUUUGGAUUUCAAUUUGAUAUUUUUUAAGUGGGAAGUUGGGUGUAUAAGGACUUUUGCUUCAAGUGUAAAUAAGUUGUCCAUCUUUGGUCAAAAAGGUGCAGCAUUUUAUUAUCAUUGCUAGUUUAUAUGAAUGAAGGAAUCCGAUUUCUUAAUUUGCAAAUAA